AUAUAAUUUUUCGAUAUUUCCUUACAAAAUUGUCAGUCAUUUCCCAAAAAUCGACCUAAAAUAAGUAGGUUUCCAUAAAAUUAUUCUAUUUACCACAUGGUUUUUUGAUGCUCAAUAGUCAUUACACCAGAAUACCAAAUGUCUUGAUUUGUCCCUCUAAACUCUUCGCCGCCGAAAUCAAACUCCCUCGCUCUUUCCACUUUCACAGUUCAUGCACCCCAUUUUCUUCUCUCUCUGAAAAUUUCGAUUUCCCCCAAUUUUCUAAGCAAUUUGUUGUUCCUUCCCAAUUUCCGAUCACAUUGUACCCCCAAACCCUACACUGAUUCGCGAGAAUAUUGAUAUAUUCUCACGCAGAUUUUCAGAGUCGCCAUGCCAGUUGCUUCGUUGAGCUUCAAUCUUCCAUAUCUACACAACAAUGCAUUGAACGAGAUCAAUUUCAGCCGAAAAUGGAGUACUGAUUUCACUCUCGAAUGUAGGGUUUCUGCAUAUUCUCAAACCAGAGCAUCUCUCCGAGUCGUGAAUUCGGGCCGUUGGAGGAGAGAGAAUGUUGGGUUCUUUGUCAAAUCGUAUAAGUCGGAAACUACGGUGACGAUUCCGGAUGGUGAAAUUCAGGUUUUGGAGGAUGAUACUACUCCGAGAAUCGAUAAUGGAGGUUCUGACGACGGGAAUGGGAAGGUUCCGCCAGAUAAUGGUGGGAAUGGUGGCGGCGGUGGUGGGGAAGGAAACGGAAAUGGAGACGAUGAGGAAGAGAAGGAGUUCGGCGCGAUAUUGACAUUUGAGGAGGUGAUGAGAGAGACUGAGAAAUAUGGGGCAACUCUUCCCUCUGAUAUUCUUGAAGCUGCUAAAACUACAGGGAUUAGAGAAUUGAUUUUGAUGCGAUAUUUGGAGUUGCAGGGAUCAGCUGGGCCACUAGGGUUUUUGAUGAGACAUUGUGCUAUGCUUCGUAAUCGAAUGUUGGCUGACCCUGCAUUCUUAUUCAAAAUUGGAACUGAGAUUGUAAUUGAUUCCUGUUGUGCGACAUUUGCGGAAGUUCAGAAAAGGGGAAAGGAUUUUUGGGCGGAAUUUGAACUUUACCUUGCUGAUCUUCUUGUUGGUGUGGUUGUUAAUGUGGCGUUAGUUGGCAUGUUAGCACCAUAUGUUCGUAUUGGGAGACGAUCUGCAUCUACUGGUUUCCUGGGAGGCAUCAGUCGUGCUUGUAGUGAACUUCCCAGUAGUGUCUUUGAAGCUGAAAGACCAGGAUGUCGAUUUUCCGCGAAGCAGCGAAUGGCAUCAUAUCUUUACACGGGAGUACUGCAAGGUGGAGUUGGAUUUGGAUGUGGAAUUGUUGGCCAAGGAAUUGCAAAUCUGAUCAUGACUGCUAAACGGAGCAUAAAGAAGUCAGAUGAAGAUAUACCCGUCCCGCCUCUAAUAAAAAGUGCAGUACUCUGGGGUGCAUUCCUUGCCAUUUCAUCCAAUACUCGUUAUCAAAUAAUUAAUGGACUGGAACGGGCAGUGGAGGCAUCACCAUUGGGAAAAAAUAUUCCACCAGUUGCUCUGGCUUUCACAGUGGGUGUGCGAUUUGCCAACAAUGUCUACGGUGGUAUGCAGUUUGUUGAUUGGGCUAGGUGGAGUGGUGUGCAAUAGUAAGUUAGUAACCCCCUCUAAUCAUAUCAGCAGUUUCCUUUCCGUAUUUGACGACACAACUUGAAACAUGGGCAUCAAUUCCUCUUCACAUGUACACUAAUGCUGAUUAUUAUUGUACAAGAGCUUGUAAUACCCACUAGCCAAGCCGUAUUUCCUUUGCAAUGCCAGGAUCCAAAUGGAGAGAUGCUCAUUCUGUCAUCAAAGAGUUUUUUCUCCCCAUAAGAAUAUGCUUUGUCCCUAUCCUAAGAAACAGGCGACAUGAGCGCUAUUUUUGAGCGAUUGACUUUCUACUUGCUUAUUUAGAUUCAGGCCUACACUAGAUGUUUAAAGUUUGGGCUAUCUCAUCAUGUUCUAGGGUUCUAUUUGCAUUUUCAGGUACUGAAUUGAUUAGGUACUAGCAAAUGCAUGACAUACUUACGUAUGAAGUUCCUUUUUUCUUUUUGGCAGCAAAAUAAAUUAAAAAAAAAUAGAGUUGCGCUUGUAA